CAUGUGAUUCAGAAGGUGAAUCGUUUUGACUCGACUCGUGAAUAGUGAUUCGGUUCGGUUCUGGGGUUCGCUGAGCGGAGCGGGGAUGUGAGCGGCGGGUUUGACAGGUUGGAGUCAUGGCUGUGAGGGCGAUGCUGGUGUAUCUGCUCGUCCUGUUGGAGCUGCUGGUCUCUGUGGUGGGAAACGCUGCCCAGUUUGAUCCAUAUAAAACCCUUGGAGUGACGAGAAGUGCGAGCCAGACUGAAAUCAAGAAAGUUUAUAAACGCCUCGCUAAAGAAUGGCAUCCAGACAAAAACAAGAACCCCGAGGCAGAAGACAUGUUCAUUAAAAUCACCAAGUCGUACGAGAUUUUGUCGAGUGAAGAGAAGAGAGCAAACUACGACCGUUACGGACAGACGGACGACACCCAGCCGUACGGACACGGUCACCGCGGAUUCCGCCACUUCCACGAUAACUUCUACUUCGACGAGUCUUUCUUUAACUUCCCCUUUAACAGCAAGAGCGGCCGGGACUCUGCUGACAGUAAAUACACCCUGCACUUCAACCAGUACAUCAACGACGUCCUGCCUGAAACCUUCAAACGGCCGUAUCUGAUCAAGAUCACCUCAGACUGGUGCUUCAGCUGCAUCCAUAUCGAGCCGGUCUGGAAGGAAGCUGUGCAGGAGCUGGAGCCUCUGGGUGUAGGUAUAGGGGUGGUUGAUGUCGGCUAUGAGAGACGCUUGGCCAAUCACCUUGGUGCACACCGCACCCCCUCCAUACUGGGAGUUAUUAAUGGAAAAGUCACUUUCUUCCACUACGCCGUGGUCAAAGAGCAUCUCGUACAGUUUGUGGAGGACCUGCUUCCACAGAGACUGGUCGAGAAGGUCACUGACAGAAACGAUCGUGACUUCCUGAAGAGCUGGCACGACGUGAACAAGCCGCACGUUCUGCUGUUUGAUCAGGUUCCUGUGGUUCCUCUCUUAUAUAAGCUCACUGCGUUCUCUUAUAAAGAUUACGUUCAGUUCGGAUACGUGGAUCAGGGUCUUUCUGAGACGGCUGACCUGCUGAAGCAGUACAACAUCAACACUUACGCUCCAACCAUGCUGGUUUUUAAAGAAAACACCGAUAAACCAGCGGAUAUCAUACAGGCUAAAGGAAUGAAAAAACAAAUUAUUGAUGAAUUUAUCUCCAACAACAAGUUCCUCCUCGCUCCUCGUCUGGUGAAUCAGAAGGUGUUUGAUGAGCUUUGCCCUGUGAAGCAGUUUCAUCGGCGGAGGAAAUACUGUGUCCUGCUCAUCACUGGGGACGAGGACGCUUUCGUCCCUGGAAACAAGGCCUUCCUGUCUCUGGCCUCAGCGAACACCAACGAGGUUCUCCGAUUCACCUACGUGUAUCAGCGCCAGCAGCAGCCGCUGUGCUCCGUCCUGCUGAAGAACAGAGACAGCAUACCUCCACAGGUGGUGAUAUUGGAGCGGCGUAACGGGGCGGGGAAGGUGAUCUAUAAACCUGUGCUGGGCGGCUGGAACGGCAGCGAGGAGGAUAAACACAGGCUGCUGGAGGAACUGGAGCAUCUGCAGAAAGAUCCCUCCAUCCUGAAUCACGACGCCAUGCUGCCCCAACUCAACAACGAGUUCGCCUCGAUGUUUUUAAUCAGGUGGAUUUAUACAGCUUAUGAUUACCUGUCUGAAAUUGCUGAUGAUCUUCUCCACAAUAAUUGGAGAGAAAUGAUGCCUCUCCUGUCUCUGAUAUUUUCAGCUCUGUUCAUCCUGUUCGGCACGGUGGUUAUUCAGGCCUUCAGUGACUCCAGUGAAGAAAAACAGACGAAACCAAAAACAAAAGAAUCGACAAAAACAGAGAACGGGUCACCAAACACCACCAACACCUCCAGCAGUCGUCCCCCGAAGAAGAACUUUGUGGAGGUGACGGAGUUAACGGACAUCACCUACACCAGUAACCUGGUGAAGCUGAGACCGGGUCACAUUAACGUGGUGCUGGUUCUGACCGACGCAACCAAAAACAUCCUGCUCAGCAAAUUCGCCAAAGAGGUUUACUCCUUCACCGGGAGUCCGACGCUGCAUUUCUCCUUCUUAAACGUGGAUAAACACAGCGAGUGGAUGUCCACCCUGCUGGAGUACGCUCAGGACGCCAUGCAGAUCGACAUGGACGAGGAGGACAGCGGAGGACGGAAAAUGGACUACACCGGCUACGUCCUCGCCCUCAACGGCCACAAGAAGUACCUGUGCCUGUUUAAACCCGUCUACACCGGAGAGGACCCGGACGGCAGGUCCGAGGAGGACGCCGGGACCUCCACCUCCAGACCCAGGUCCGGCUCCAAAGACGAGCAUCAGCACAGGAAGAGCUCGGCCCGCUCGCGCUCCACCACCCUCCAGAUCCACCACAAACUGGACCGGCUGGGGCUGUGGAUGGAGAGGCUGAUGGAGGGGACGCUGCCCCGCUACUACAUCCCCGCCUGGCCCGGCCUGGACAAGAUUACCGUCAGCAAGUAGAACAGCGCUGGAGACGACCAGGAUCCUGAAGAAAGAAGAGGCGGAGCGUACAGGUGUAUCAGGUGGAGGGGUGUAGGUAGCGUCGGGUGGAGAACCGUUCCUCCUGUGGAGACUGAACUCAUUCCUCCUCUCAGACUCUGAUUAUCUGAUUAUGGAGAGAUUAAAGUACUUGAAGAGACACUGAUGCUGUAACUGAUCCCAGUCUAACAGUAGCUUCAUCCAACCUUAAUGCUGUGCUCCAACCGCUGUACCCUGCCUCCACCUUCCUCCCAACUCCAGACCCCCGGUACAGAGGGAGUCUCUUCAGCUGGAGACGUGCUGGAGCUCCGGGGAGGAGCUGAGAGAUCUCCUCUAAGGUUCAGUCUGGUUCGGUGGAGUUCUGCGCUCCACUGUUGUUCUUCACACGUUACACAGAUAUUUAACUUGCUAUAAAUGAGAUAGUGAGUCAAAUAAUAGAUCAUUUAUUAGUUUGGGUGUAUAAAUUUACAAUAACAACGAUAAAAAUAAGCAUUUACAAUACUUUACUAUAAUUUUAAUUUAUAGUACCGUAUUUUUCACACUAUAAAGUGCACUGGAUUAAAAGGCGACACUAGUAAGGAACAGGGGUGUCACCAUGUUUUCCGUCUAAUUCAGCUGUAAAGAUAAAACUGUAAACAAAUUCUUAAAAAUAAACAUUUUCUUUUAAAGUCAAAAACUGUUAGUUUGGGUAAUUAAAGAACUUCCAUUUAUUUACAGUAAGCUUAGAUUCCUGAAUUUUCACUAAGGCUGGGUGCAGCAGCAUUAGCAUUAGCAUUAGCAUUAGCGGCUGCCUGACAGUGCUGCACUAAGAUAGCGGUUUGUCCCACAUAUCUUAUUUUAACACUGUAAACAUGCUACAGACUACAGUCUGAUAUACACACCUCUGAACAGCGAAAGAGCUAGCGCUUAGCGCUGUGGUUAGUGGUGAAUGCUAAUGCUGCUCCAGCAUUACUAGCCAAGGUUAACAGCAGGCUACAGUCUCGUAAUACUCACCUCUGAACUGCAAAAAAGCUACUGCUUUGUGCUGUGCUUAGCGGCUAAUGCUAAUGCUGCUCCAGUCUGGGUGCUGGAGAUCUAAACUAAAACUCUGUAACACUCACUUUUCCUUAAAUUGUCAAAGUAUUUUAAGUGCACCUUAUAGUGCGAAAAAUACGAUACUGUGCAAAAAAAAUUAAUGCCUAAAAAUUCUGAGUUGUAAGUGUUUAUUUACAUAAUUAAACCCCUAAUAUUAUAAUAAAUACAAAACAUAUUGAUAGUGAAAAUAGUAGUGAAAGUAGUGAUAUGUUUUAUAUCACCUCUCCAGAGCUCCACUAAUAUUUAUCUAAUUUAUUAUUAAAGCUAAUCCAGUUCAGACAGUGCUGAAGUCUGUAAAUAUACACAAUUAAAUAAAGUAGUAUUUCUAUAAACGCUGAGAGAACUGAACACUGGUCACUGUGCUCGGGCGAUUCCUUUCACCCGGAUGUUCCUCCAUAUAUACGCUGGAUUACUCACUGUAAAACUCCCAGCAUGCCUCAGUAACGCGGGAUUUACCAGCUAAACCCCACAGUGAGACUCAGCUCGGGGGGAAAGAGAGGAAUAAACCGAUAAACUGAAGCAUUUUAUUGAGACACGAACCGAAGCGUGAUCUUCUGCUGUGAGAAUAAUGAAGCUGUUAAUCUGUAGCAUGAACUGAAACAUCUCCUUCUGCAGCAUAUAAACACCUAAACACAGAUCAUAACAUAUCUAUACCGUCUCAGACGCGCGCGUGUGUGUGUGUAAAUAUAUAUAUAUAUAAACUCUGUCCUGGAUGGAAGGUUCAGAAUAAGUGCAAUAAGACGGCCUCACCUUUAUUUUUCAUCGUUUACAUUACGCUACUAUAUUUAUUAUAUUAUUAUUUGUACUUUAUAUUUUUUAUUAUGGGGUGUAUUUCUGCCAGCUGUUGUAGGACUGCAGAACUUUACAGACCCGGGUCCAGAUUAUAAAUCAGGAGAAAUCCUCUAAAAUCUGCUUUCAGUGUUAAAUAUGUGCGCACCUAUUAAUAUUUUUUAUUAUUAUUUAAUUUCAUUUUUGUCUCUGCUUCUCCUGAUUGCAGACAUAACAAUAAACACAGCCUACUACUGUUCAGUUCAGAAUAAAGUCAAAUAUGGAUAAAAUCUCAUCAUUAACUUUUACUGCAAUCCCUCCCUCUCUCCCUCCCUCUCUCCCUCCCUCUCUCUCUCCC